GAUUCUCCAAAAUUUCUGGGCCCCAUUCUCAAUAUAACAAUUCCUGUUGGCAGAGAGGCCAUUCUUGAAUGCGGAGUCGACAGCUUGUCUACUUUUAAGGUGGCAUGGUUAAGAGUAGACACUCAAACUAUUUUAACCAUUCACAGUCAUGUAAUUACGAAAAACCAUCGUAUUGCAGUAACCCAUAGUGAACAUAGGACAUGGUACCUUCAUAUUAGAGAUGUGCGUGAGACUGAUAGAGGAUGGUACAUGUGUCAAAUCAAUACUGACCCUAUGAAAAGUCAAGUAGGAUACCUAAACGUAGUCGUUCCCCCAGACAUAUUAGACUACCCUACAAGUACUGACAUGGUGGUCCGAGAGGGAUCGAACGUGAGUCUUCGCUGCGCUGCCACUGGCAGCCCAGAGCCCACCAUUGCGUGGAGGCGGGAAGGCGGUGAGACCAUUCCCGUGGGGGGUGGUCAAGAAGUUCCUAGUGUGGAUGGAAUGAUAUUUAACAUUAGCAAAGUGAAUCGAUUGCAUAUGGGUCCUUAUUUAUGUAUUGCAUCUAAUGGGAUACCCCCUAGCGUCAGUAAAAGGAUCAUGCUUAUCGUCCAUUUUCCCCCAAUGAUAUGGAUUCAGAACCAGCUGGUGGGAGCGAUGGAGGGUCAACAAAUAACUUUGGAGUGCCACUCGGAGGCCUAUCCGAAAUCCAUUAAUUACUGGACCAAAGAUGAUGGCCACAUUAUCUCACAAGGUGCCAAGUAUGAGCCGAGUAUAGUAGAUAAUGCCUAUAAAGUUCAUAUGAAAUUAACAAUAAAAGUUAUUACACCAAGUGAUUACGGUUCCUACAAAUGUGUGUCGAAAAAUUCGCUUGGUGAGACCGACGGAACAAUAAAACUUUAUCAUAUUCCUACGCCUUCUACACCGAAGCCAACAACAACCACCACUAUUGCUACCACUAAAAAGACGUUACCCACUAAAGAUACAGCUAAACAAAGAGGUAGGAUUAAGGAUCAUAUCACUGAUGUUAACACCAAUGAAAUAUUCCAUCAGGAAGUAUUAAUGGAAAGAGAUCUGCAUCUUAAGAGCAAUCCAACUGCUAAUGCCGAAGGAUUGGAAAAUCAUGAAAAUAAUUAUAUAUUUUCUUCUACUUAUGGGACAAGAUAUUGUUUUGCUACAUUGUUAAUAAUAUUGAUUAAUUUUUAUAUUUAA